AACCAACAGAGAUGUCAAAAUGAAGAGAAGAAAGCAUGAACGACCUGAGAACGACUGCCGGCCGAAAUAUUUGAGUUUUUGCAAUAUUUUUGAAACCAACUAAAAAUGUACCGCUUAGUUUUGGCACAAGUCAGAAAGCCGAUUGAUUUGUCUGCAUUCACUUCGACAUUCUGCACGAAAGUGUCUAUUCGCCGUCCCUUACGUGAGAACAGCGGUGUUGAAAUCAGCGGGACAUUGAACAGAGCUUCAAAUGGAUUUCAGCAUGGAAUGCAGCAAUUUCUAGUCAAAAUAAAUCCGUUUCUAGCAAUAAAACCAUUCAGUCACACUUAUGCUACGGAUGCCACAGUUCCGAAAUCCGACAAAUCAGAGAGCAUGAGCGACAUCAUAAAAGAAUUGAACAACCAUGUGGCGAACAAAAACCGAAUAUCACAUCAUGAAUUGAAAACUCUGCUCAGCAAAUUGAAAACACAAGAUGUUACCGGUCGACAAGCGUUGGACAUAUUGCGAUUCUGUGCAUUUGGCCGUACCGAUCAGAAUGUCAGCGAAACGGUGAAGAGCAUUUGGUAUGAACUGAAGAAGCAAGAACACGAAUUUCACACACAACACUACAAUUAUCUGCUGCGAUUUGCCAGUGAAAAACAGGAUGUGAUCCAUACUCAAGCAAUAUUCGAUGAAAUGUUUGCCGAUGGCAUUGAACCCGAUGCUGUCUCCUAUCAAUGCUUGUUGUCAGUAUAUUGCAAAAGCGGUAACAUCGCAAAGGCCAUCGAAAUUCUGGAUUUGAUGAAUCAAGAUCAAUUUUUAAUCGAUGAAUGUUCGUACAAUUAUGUGGUUCAGUGCCACAUUAUAUGUGGGAAUAUCGAGGCUGCCAAUGCAACGAUUACCAGUUUGAACGAGAGCGGAUUUAGAAUAAAUCGAGAUACGCUGGCUACUUUUUUAAGACAUUAUGCCAAGGCAGGCGAUGUGGAAAAUGUUCAAAAAACAUUGGCAUCAUUCAAAACAGAGAAUAUCGAAUUGAUGAAUAACGACAUACUGAAUGUGAUCUAUGAAUUGGCUGCCAAUGGGUAUGCUGAUAAAAUCGAUAUGUUCUUCGAAUAUUUGCAACCAAAUGCUGAAUUGCUAACAUCGUUGGCAAAUGCAAUAACAUUAUUCGUUGCCAACAAGCAGUCAACUAUUUUGCCGACAAUUCUUCAAUUAGCCAAAGAAGCCGGCGACGUUAGAUCAUUGUACAAGCAUUUAAUCAAUGAAAUGGUCCGACACGUUACAGCUGGAGAAGAAUUUACCGCAACUAUAAAAUUGAUCGAAGCGAAUGGUUAUACGGUGGAAAACAGUUUUGACAUGUUCAAGUCAGCACUGAAAGGUUCAUCGGAAGAAAUUAUUCGUCGGCUACUGGUGUACAUGAAGGCAAAUGAGAUGGAAGUGACGCAGAUUACAUUUGAGAAAUUGUUUCAAUUUUCGGCUGCAAAAGGUGUCGACGAGGUAUUGAAUGUGGUGAAUUUAAUGUGUACGGAUUUUCGAAUUCUGCCACAGAGUGCCUACAUUCGUGACGUCAUUCUGCCGGCAUUUGGUGCCAGUGAGGAUACGGCAUUUGUUUUGACCAAAUUACGAAAAACGAAAAUCCCCGUUAACCGCACCAUCAUCGCAUUAGUCAACAAAAGUUUGAACAAAUGUGAUUUCAAAACGGCCAUUGAUCUUCUCAACAGUUUACAAUGUUUUUACGCAAACAAUCGAUUCAUUACGCAACCACUGUUGAACGCAUAUGCAAGCACUGGUGAUGAGCAGAGUUUUGUACGAAUUGUGAAUAUGAUGCAUGCAAAUUUUGCAAAAAUCAAUGAAGACCGCGACGUCAAAUUAUUUCCUGCCAUUGAAGUACAAAAGAAACAGAAAUUUAUUGGUGAAAUGUUGUACGCAUCCAUUGCACACACGCUCACCGAUUCAAAACGCUUAACACAAUUGUUGGACGCAUUCAUUGCCGAACGUUUGGUCACAAGUUCAAAGCAUAUUGAAAAGAUUCAAGAAGAACUACUCAAAGUGAAUGGUUCAUCGCAAAUUAGUCGCUUACUAACGAAACUCAGCGCAGACAAGGUGCAAUUGAAGCCAAGCAAUAGAAAACCACGGAUUGACAUGGAUCAACUGAGUGCAGCUGAACUGCAAAUAAUUUUGGAUGAACAACGAUCAAUGGGACGAGAUGUGGCCGGCACAGAGAAACUUUUGCUUCUUGCAUACAUUCAUGGAGGAAAUGUUGCACAAGUUGAUUCAAUGAUGUCCGGCGGUCAGUUCACACUGACAAAUGCAAAUUAUGCUAAGCUAAUCGAACUGUAUACCCGAAUUGGUAAUUUGGAAAGCGCUUUGGAUAUGCUGAAACAAGUUCGUACGAAAAAUCCAUCAUUUAAAUUAAAUCCAACUAUAACGGCACAGCUCGCAACGCUAAUGUAUGAAAACAAUGUCAAUUUCGAUGAAAUUUGUGCGCUUCUGUAUACACAACGACUGGAUAAAGAGGUUUUAAAGGAUAACAUACCCUUCGAAAAGUUUCUACAACGAUUGGCUGCAGAUGGCCAUACGCAACUUGUUGAACAAUUGUUCAACACUCUAGUAAAAUUUAAUUACAUCAAAGUAUCGAUUCAAACGGUGGGACCGCUGAUUUCAGUUCACUUGAAUAAUGCAGUAUAUAGCGAAGCGGUUGCAAAAUAUGAAUAUCUGGCCAAAACGUACAAACUAACGCCAAUGUCAACACGUUUAUUCGAAGAAUUGAUUCGAAAUAAUGAAUUGGAUUUGCUACAACGUGCUUUUAACACCCACGAGGCGCAUGAUAAAAGCGAUGCCAUAGGUCGUUUAGCACUUGCGUUCAGCCAAUGUGGCCAGGCACGACAGGCAAAAUCGCAUUUUGAACGUGUUCGCAUCAAUGAUGUUACAAAAAUCAUUCAUAAACAGUGCAAAAGAUACGUUGUCACCGAUGACAUCGAAUCAGCGAAAAAACUGUUGAAAUCCACCAGCGGCUUGUCCUGUGAUCGUCGGAAAAUUUACCAAACUAUCUUGGAUAUUUAUCACAAACAAAAUAUGGCAGAAGAAGCCUUGGAAUUAUGGACGGACAUUGCCAACGAUAACAUCCUUCCGUCAGCCAAUUUCGUUGAUAAAUUGGUUGAAUUGCUAAGAGCCAAUAACAUAAAACUUCCAUCAGAUUUGGAAAUGAAAAUAGCAACAAAUUUAAAAAUUGAUUCAAAAAAUACUUGAUUAUUACAAUUGUUAUUAUGUAUUUUAGUUUAGUCGCGCAUUGUUAGUGUUUUGCGAUGUAAAUAAAAAAUAUUUUGAUAAAA